AUGGCCUCCUACCAGGACGUGACGCUCACGGACGCCCAGACGCACGAGAUCUUGUGCGGCUUCAGCACGCUGCUCGACGCUCGCUGCGUCAUCGUCGAGGCAGCCCUCGCGCGGAGCAAGGCCUUCCACCGCUGGCGGCGGUCGGCGGCGCAGCCCGUCGUGACGCCCAAGGGAUCAACGCCCAAACCAACGCUGGCGACGGUCGCCGAGGCCGCCGAGGACGCGACGCCGCGGAAGCGCCGGCGCACGCCGCUGAAGGAGCGCUUCGGCCUCGAGAACGUCGGACACGCCGCCGACGACAAGGCGCCGACGCCGCGGUCGCGCCAGCCCGUCUCGCCCGUGCCCUUCGACGGCGCGCGGCGGUCGCGCCAGCCCGCGUCGCCGCUCCCCGUCGACCGGGCGCCGACGCCGCGGUCGCGCCAGCCGGCGUCGCCCGUGCCGCCGCGGUCGCGCCAGCCCGCGUCGCCCGUGCCCUCCUCGGCGGGGCGGAGCCGCGCGCAGACGCAGGGCGACCACCCCUACGUGCCGCCGCCGCGGCCGCCGCCGUCCAAGUCGGAGAUCAAGGCGCCGGCGCCCAAGGAGAAGAACGUGACGCCGCGCAAGGUGCGCUGGUCGCCGACGUCGCCGCCGCAGUCGCGGUCGCCGCCCGGCGCGCGCGCGACGCCCGUCAAGGGCAGCCCGCCCGCCGGGUCGGGCAGCCCCGGCGCCGCGGGCACGCCGGACCGCGGCGCGAGCCCCGGGGACCGCCCCGUGCGCCGCGACCUCUUCUCGCGGUCGCCGCGCGGCGGCGCGUCGCCCGUGCCGUCGCACUCGCCCGUGCGCGCGUCGCCGCCGCGCGCGGUCCGCGCGUCGCCGCCGCGCGCGGCGCCGGCGCCGCCGCGGCCGCGCGCGGACAGCGACGCCGCCGCGCCGGAGGCGCCCGCGCGGCGCCUCGCGGCGCCGGCGGGCGAGGCCGACGGCGCGGGCUUCUCCGAGGCGUUCCGCGAGGCCGCGCGCUUCGCGGCCGCGCCGCUGCCCGCGUACACGCCGCGGCAGCCGCCGCCGCCGCCGGACUCGCCCGGCGUCACGCCGCCGGCCUUCGUGUCCGACGCGUCGCCCCGGUUCACGCCCGCGGCGCGCAUCUCGCCGUCGACGCCCGCGGAGCAGGCCGGCGCGUUCACGGGCGCGCUCGGCCGCGCGGCGACGCGCGGCGACUCGCCGGCCGUCGUCACGCCGUCCAUCUCCGCGAAGCUGAGCCAGUGGCGCGACAAGUACCGCGGCGGCGGCGCCCCGUCCGUCGCCGCGCCGCCGCCGCCGGACUUCCGCGGCGCGCUCGAGACGCCCGCCGCGCCGCCCAAGCUCCGCGCCCGGUCGCGGCCGUCGCCCGCCGCGGCGUCGGGCUGGCGCUGCUCGCUCUGCUACGCGCAGAACGAGCCCGUGCGGAGCCAGUGCGCCCUCUGCCACCAGCUCAAGAUCCGCGUCUAG